AUGCGGAUGACACUGUCAACAUUGAAUUGGCGACGACGGGAAAUGGUGAGAUGGUUGGUAACAUGUGCAACAGAAAUAGGUGUUUAUGCACUGGAUAGUAUAAUGCAAAACUGGUUUACACUUUUCACUCCAACAGAAGCCACUAGUAUUGUUGCUACAACAGUGAUGUCCAACAGCACCAUUGUCCGUCUGCAUCUGGACUGUCAUCAGCAGGAGAAGCUGGCCAGCAGUGCUAGAACACUUGCUCUACAGUGUGCCAUGAAAGAUCCUCAGAACUGUGCCCUCUCUGCACUGACUCUGUGUGAAAAGGAUCACAUAGCUUUUGAGACCGCUUACCAAAUCGUUCUAGAUGCUGCUACAACCAGCAUGAGCUACUCACAGCUUUUUACUAUAGCACGAUACAUGGAGCACCGCAGUUACCCUAUGCGGGCCUAUAAGCUGGCCACUUUGGCCAUAACGCAUCUCAACUUGAGUUACAAUCAGGACACACACCCUGCCAUUAACGAUGUUCUCUGGGCAUGUGCGCUCAGCCAUUCUCUUGGGAAAAAUGAGCUAGCAGCUGUAAUACCUCUGGUGGUCAAAAGUGUCAAGUGUGCAACAGUACUAUCAGAUAUUUUGCGCAGGUGUACUUUGACCACUCCUGGCAUGGUGGGACUCCAUGGAAGGAGGAAUUCUGGUAAGCUCAUGUCACUGGACAAAGCCCCUUUAAGACAACUCUUGGAUGCCACAAUCGGAGCUUACAUUAAUACAACUCAUUCACGUCUCACUCACAUCAGCCCACGACACUAUAGUGAGUUUAUAGAGUUCCUCAGCAAGGCCCGAGAGACCUUCUUAAUUGCUCAUGAUGGACACAUACAGUUUACACAGUUUAUUGAUAACCUAAAACAAAUCUACAAAGGCAAAAAGAAACUGAUGAUGUUGGUUCGUGAGCGGUUUGGUUGAUGAAAAUGAGUGAAGGGAGGAGGUGGUUUGGUAUGACUUGAGCCUGCCUUUGUAUCUUUUUGAACUUAAAGAAACAAAGCCACACUGGUAUUAUAUGUGUAUAGUUAUACUGAGUUUGAAAACUAAACUGUCAUGCUGUGAAAGUUUGUGUGUUUAAGUUUUUUUCCUUUUUUCUGUUUUGUGUGAGAGAAAGGUUAAAAAAAGGUUUGGUUUACACUGAGUACAUGUUGUCAAGUGGCAAAAGCCCACAUCACUCUCCUGUUCUUUCUAUAUAUGUUCACAGCCUCAAAAACAAAACAUACGUUGCAAUGGCUUUAAAAAAGCAAACAAAGCACCUCCAUCCUGUGAUAAGUACCUCAAAUGCAUUCAGCUUUGCUCCUUUGUAACUCAUCAUUAUAUUUCAACAUAUUUAAACAAACCAACAAAUGAAAUACUAGUAGUUAAAAGGCUGACAAUGUGGCUUUGCAGUGCUCUUCAUCCAGAAGCAUGGCACACAAUGCUUAUGCAUGUGGAAACUUAGCAACUGUCAACACACAUUCUCAGGGAUUUAUCAAAAUAAAUUUUUUAAAGUAUGAGAGCAUUUAUUGUACUGUAUAUAUAUUAGAGUAUAUGUCUGAAUAUUAAAAAAAAUCUAACAUUAAUUUAUUAAAAAAUUCAAAUCUAUGUAAUGCAAAGUACUUGAAGCUGCAGUAGCUUGGUUUUAAAGAAAAACUAUCUGAAGGACUAAAGGGCGCCUUGCUUCAGGGUUGGCUCAGGUGGUGAACUAUAUGCUGGGCAUCUAUUCAGAGCCAUCUUUUGGAUUGCAUGGUUGGAAUGAUACCUACUGGGGAAGUUUUAUAUAUGUAUAUGUAUGUGUGUGUAUAUAUAUAUAUGUGUAUGCACAUAUAUAUAUGUAUACACACAUAAACACAUGCUUGUAACAGGCACUAUAGUAAAGAGGGACAACAAAAAAUACACAGCCAGAGCAGCAAGCCUUAGCAUUAAGAAUACAGUAUGCCAGAAUUGGGGUUUGUGCCUCCUAGCCUAGAAGACUUAAAGAAUAUCCUUUUUGACACAAAACGCAAAAUGUUUUCCAAAAUUAUUGACAUGAUACGUUACGCCUUUGCAGUGAGCUAAUAAUAAGCUAACCUUUGUGCACAAAUAACAUAUAUAUAUAUUAUAUAUAUAUAUUCUGCAUAGGUAUUUUGACUUUGUGCAGGACAGAAAGUUGUGUAGGUAUGACUGUUCUACUUUUCAGUUUGUUUUUUUAAUAUAUUUUAUUUUCUCUAGAAUUACUCAAACAGAAGCAGCCUUCUAUCUUGCCUUGUCUUAAUGCUUUAAAAUAACCAAACUGGAGAUCUAACUACCAAACUGUUCAUUAUAUUAUUAAAUACCAACUUUGGUUACAGUAUAGAGUCUUUACUUUAGCUGAUGGUUCUGUAUCCUUGUGCUUUUUAAAGCAGUUUUUAUGUUUUGGUGCAAAAGUUGUCCAGUGUCUCUUGUUCCCUUCAUUAGAGAACAUGCUAGAGGUAUGUUUGUAGGUAUUUUUGUUUAGAAAAACUAUUUCAUGCUCUCCAUUUUAUUUAUUAUAAUAGGUAAAAAGGUUGUACUUCAUCACCCAUGUAAACAUGCUCAUGAAGUUGAAAGUAAUUAAGAUUUGAUACACUGAUAUCAAUUUAUUUAUGUAACUAAAUCACUGUUUUAUAAACUUGUUAAUGAUCAACAAUUUUUUUGUUUUGAUUAAAAUUAGUUUUUUGAAA